AUCUGGGUUUCAGGGAGGGAUGGUGGUCUCGCGGGAAGUUAAUUUUGGCGCCCGUUUUUCCGAUUUCCCGCGCUAAUCCCACACGUGGUUGAUUGCUAAUGAUGCGGAAACUGAAUGAAUUUUAACUCGAUUCACACUAUUUUGACUGCUGUGAUAAAAUGAUACCGUGUACAACAGUAAAGACGAUAAUUUUCUUAUGAUCGUGUUGUGAUUUUGGCUUCAAUUGUCGGAAAACCUGAUGAUCGAGAAACACAUGUACUCUCCGUCGACGAAGGCGGCCUGCUGGCUGGCGACAUUCCUAAGCGUUUUUGUUACAGGAGAAAUGCCAAUCCAAGCAGAGGUUGAACCGGAGUUUUUACAAGCACUCGAAAACCACACGGUCACACAGGGCAGGGACGUGCACUUCACGUGUGUUGUCAAUCACCUGUCAAAUUAUAGGGUGGCGUGGAUAAAAUCAGACUCAAAAGCGAUCCUGGCUAUCCACACAAACAUGGUGGCGUUAAAUCCUCGCCUAUCAGUUACGUACAACAAUCACAACACGUGGAAACUCCACGUCAGCAAUGUGCAAGCCAGUGACUCUGGGACUUACAUGUGCCAAGUGAACACAGACCCCAUGAAAAGCCAGAUGGGCCACCUAUCCGUGCUCAUACCACCUGAUAUAGUCGAUACGGCUACGGAGGGCAGCUCAGCACGAGAGGGUGGCAGCAUCCGCCUGACCUGCACCGCCACUGGAGUCCCCGCUCCCACAGUCAUGUGGAGGAGGGAACAUAACCAACCCAUCGUGUUCAGGCACGACGGGGGGAGGGAGAAGAAAGUCGUAGAUAACUUUAAAGGCGAGAGCCUCGAGUUGUCUCACGUGCAGCGGGCUGACAUGGGCGCAUAUUACUGCAUUGCGAGCAACGGCGUGCCGCCCACCGUCAGUCGCCGCUAUCACGUGCAAGUGCAUUUUAUACCACAAGUAAAAGCCGCGCUACAAUUAGUGGGAGCGCCGCUUGGCAGUGACGUAGAACUCCAAUGCUACAUAGAAGCCUCUCCAAAAGCUAUGAACUCCUGGUACCGGGAGGAUGGUAACUCACUGGUGAGCGAUAAACUGUUAGAGAAUCCAAAGUUCCGUAUAACGGAGCGCUCGGUGAACGAGUAUUCUUUAUGGAUGAACCUGACUAUAAAAUCGCUGGCUCUCGCCGAUUUCGGGACUUACGUGUGCGCCUCCGUCAACGCGUUGGGGAAGAUGGAGAGCCAAGUCAGCUUACACAAAAUAGACGUAAAUCUAAGCCCCGCGGAUGUGCCCAUGGUGUCGGGCGCAGCCUGGCAGAGGGCGAGGAACUUGCCCGCUAGAGCGCGAGCGUCCACUUCAUACUACAUAACGCAACACGUCACGCAGAUACAAGCUAUACUAAUUACGAUUCUCCGAUAUGUAUAUAACUAAUUCAUAUGUAAAUCUAGAUAUACGUAUGCCUGAUUAUUAGCAAGGAAUGUAAUAAUAAAAUAUAUUUUCUCCUUGAUUUCCACUGCCACUAGGCUACUAACGAGGUGAACGCUAUAACAUUAUCAUUUUAAUAUACUUAUUUUACAUGCAAUUCUGCAUAAGACAUUGUACAAUUAAUUUAAAAUGAAUGAGAUACUUCCAACAAUAUACAGAAGAUUGUACACUACUUUUAUGGGUUUUUAUUUACGGUAUAUAAAUGUAACUACUAUUGAUCUCAGAUAUAUAGAAAUGUGAUAUAAUAAGAAUGUAUGUAUGAAAUAUACACUUGUAAGUAGCGAUAAUAAUAAUUGUUAUGUUUUAAAGUAUCUAUUAUUCAAAAAAACAUAUUUAUAUUUAUGCUCAUCUAUACUAAUAUCAUAUUAUUAUGGUGGUGAAGAUUGUGAAUAUGUAAGUUUGUAACGUUAUAGGGGGUUAUCUCUGGAUCUAACGAAUCAAUUUUAAAAAUUAUUUAAUCAAUAAAAAGCCACAUUAUCUGUACGCGUACGGCCACAUUUUAUUUUGUUUCUGUCCCGGUUCAACCCGGGUGAAGCCUGGGCGGGCGGCUAGUCUAUUAUAUUAUGUUUAUAUAUAUAUAAUACAAGAAUAUCACAUUCAGAUUAACUGAUCCAAAUAAAUGCAUUUUCUAAUUUACAGUUAAGUUUAUAUGAAUUUUCAAAUGUUUUAAUAUAAAUAUUAUCUUCAUCAAAAAAUACAAACAGAAAAAUGUAGUAUAUUGAAUCACCAAAACUUAUAGUAAACAUUGGUUAUCCCUUCUGCAUAUUAAAACCUAAACCUAUGUCUACAUAAAAUUCCUUUAAUGUACCUUACAUUGUUACAAGGUUAAUAAAAUAUAAUUUAUUAUUGAAGGAUUUCGUUGUUUCAUAAAUCUCAUACAUUUUUGAUGAAUGUUUUCUGAGAAGAUUAGCAUAAGUAGCAUUAGAAAAUGAAAAUGUAAACAAUAUUUCCGAAUGUUCAUAACUUGAAUCAUGUUCUUAUAUAUUACGUUGACUUUGACAAUAAAUGUGUAAUUUAUAAAUUUUACUUGUGUAAACUAAA